AGCCGCUUCUCCCCGGCGGGGGCUGGGUCCGCAUCAGCCCCGGCAGGCUCAGGCGGUCUCCGAGCGCGGCGGGCGGCGGUGCCGCCGGUGGAGGAGCCCAGCUGUUCUGUACCUGUCUGUUUCAAGCACUCACAGCUGUCAUCAGUUGGCCCCAAAUCACACGUCUCUUAGGAAAUUGCUGUAUAGAAGGCUACCUCAGAUUUUGAUAAGCAGGCAUGGUAAGAAUAAAAGCACAUUUUAUAUGUUUUCUGAAAUGGUCAACUCUUGGAAAGUGAAUAGCUUCUCUCUUUCUCAAAGGAUUACACGUUUUACUCUGAUGCUGUGAGUAAUUUGUCAUGAAAAGUUCAGGGUUUUCAUUUCAAACUUAUAAAAAGAUACUAUGAAAAGGAAAAUAGAUUGAUUUACAUCAGUCUGAAACGUCAUAAUGCUUUCACUUUAGAGAGCCCAGAUUUUAAUGCUACUUUGGCAUGUAUUUGAUAAUCUAGUUUGGUUUCUUUUGCCACAGAAGCAUUAGUCUAGUUGCAAGAACAUACAUGCUUCAGCAUAUGUAAACCUCUGCACUCAGAGGCUUUUAAAAAGUUAGCAAUUUGAGAAAUAGAAAUAAAACUAUAUAUGUCUUAGACUGAUCAUACACCUUCUAUAGGAUCUUCAUGGACAUUGUGGACAGCUAUCUCCUUUACUUGUAUACUUUUGGAGCAGUAUGCCGGUAUCAAUGUGAUGCUAAUUUUUAUUAGUUUUGCUGUACAGUUAUCCCCACAGUAAUUGUUUUUGCAUAGUUUAGCACUUUCCAUAUAAGCACUGUAAUAUUUAUGUCCUGUAGAGAUAAAUUUGCUUACGUCUCUGGGUAAGCUGAUUUUAAAUUUUAUGAAGGUAACUUACUUUUCUUAAGAACUUAUAAGUUAAAUUUUGAGAUUUACUUAUCUGUGAAGGCACAUUAUACAUGCUGCCAUUCAGAACUAGCCUUAUUAAUCAAAAGGCUGCAGGCAUCAGUUGCUCCUCUAGUUGUAAAGCAGUGAGGUGUGUGCACCAUCCAAAAUAGAUACAAACUUGAUUCUUCACCUUUACUUUCAAGUGACUGAGUAGGCCCUGUUGGCAAAUGAAUAAUGUAUUUCUGGAGUGGAGCAUGCAACAGGCUGUCACUCUGCAUACGGAUGUGGGAGAUAUUAAAAUUGAACUGUUCUGUGAGCGUACUCCAAAGACUUGUGAAAACUUCCUGGCUCUUUGUGCUAGUAACUACUACAAUGGAUGCGUAUUUCACCGAAAUAUAAAGGGCUUCAUGGUUCAGACAGGGGAUCCAUUAGGCACUGGGAAAGGAGGUAAUAGCAUCUGGGGCAAGAAGUUUGAAGAUGAAUUCAGUGAAUAUCUAAAGCACAGUGUCCGUGGGGUAGUUUCCAUGGCUAACAAUGGUCCCAACACGAAUGGAUCACAGUUCUUCAUCACUUACGGCAAACAGCCUCACCUGGACAUGAAGUACACGGUGUUUGGAAAAGUUAUUGAUGGCUUGGAGACCCUGGAUGAGCUGGAGAAGCUGCCUGUGAAUGAGAAAACCUAUCGACCUCUUAAUGAUGUUCGCAUUAAAGACAUUACAAUUCAUGCCAACCCUUUUGCACUGUAGCCACAGAAUGCUGCAACACAUUCUGCAGAGAGCAGAGACUGGUCAGAUAAUUCCCAGAUUAUGGGGUUUAAAGAGCCAUCAAAAAGGGUUACUUCAGCUGGAUCGUAUCUUUGCUUAUUGAAUGCAGAAUUUUCAGGAGCUUUAACGUUGUUUGGGAGUUGUCACAGAGAAGUCUUCUGCUUCAGAAGCCAGGUUUUCCACAGUAUCUUCCAGCAUUUUGAUUUUUAAGCAUUGUUUUUUAUACUUGUAAAAUAAAAAAAAAUUUAAUUUUUUUCCUAA